AUGGAUGUGCACACACUGAGUGGGACUAAAAGUGGUGCUGACAAGACGCGUUUUGAAGUAAAGAAGUGGAAUGCAGUUGCACUCUGGGCUUGGGACAUCGUGGUUGACAACUGUGCCAUUUGCAGAAACAAUAUUAUGGCUCAAGCUAACCAAGCAUCAGAUACCUCCGAAGAAUGCACUGUUGUCAACACACUGUUGGCAGGUGUGUACAUUAGACGAUCGAGAAUGGGAAUUCCAGAA